AUGAUGGAGGAUAUGCUCCGCCUCUGGGUUGCUAUCGCAGCCUUGGGCGCUUAUAUCAGCAUCAAGGCUAUAUAUCGCCUCUAUUUCCACCCGCUAUCCCAUAUCCCCGGCCCAAAGCUGGCGGCAUGCUCACAUCUCUAUGAAUUCUACUACAAUGUCAUUCUAUCGGGCAAGUUUUUAUUCGAGAUGGAGAGGAUGCACCAGAAAUACGUUCGCAUCAACCCUCGUGAGGUUCACAUUAGCGAUCCCGCUUUCUAUGAUGAAAUCUAUGCUUCAAGUAGUCGAAAGAGAGAGAAAGAUCCCCAAUUCGUGCCUACAUAUGCUUUGCCCGGCUCUAUGGUGGCAUGUGUAAGCCAUGAGACUCACCACUUCCGCCGAGGUCUUCUGAAGGAUUUUUUUUCACGGCGCUCUGUCUUGGAGCUUUCGGAUAUGAUGAAUGAACGAGUUCAGGCGCUCAUGAAACGCCUUGAUGGUUACCGGAUUGCCCAAUCUACAGUAUCCAUUGAUGAUGCCGUCUCAGCGCUGACAUCCGAUGUUAUCACGUCCUAUUGCUGCGGCAAGCACUGGGGAUUUAUAGAGGACCCUGAUUUUCGCAACGAUGUCCGCUUAGCCACAGCGGAUGCUGCGAGCUUUACUCACAUUUCCCGAUUUUUCCCCUGGCUAGUAACCUUAUCAACUUUUCUCUCGCCACGGACACUGUCUAUUCUUAUGCCGGGAAAAGCGGGACUCUUUGGGUUCCUCGAAUCCUUUUUAGAAUAUGCGCAGAAGGGUAUUGAGAUACCUGGCAAGAGGAAAUCGAUGCUUGCUACCCUGGCGGAUCCGAGCAUCCCGCCACAAGAAAGAACUUUUCACCGGCAAAGAGACGAAGCUUUUGGCAUCAUUGGUGCAGGAACAGAAACGACAGCGACUGUGCUAACCGUAGCUUUCUACCACCUCGCCCGGAAUAAUGCGGUGAGGGACAAGUUGCAGGCGGAGCUGAAACAGCUGAUGCCUACGCCAGACAGUACACCGACCUGGAUUGAGCUCGAGCGCCUACCGUAUCUGGAUGCUUUCAUCAGUGAAUCCCUGCGUAUAGGCUCCCCAGUACUGGGCCGGUACACGCGCGUUGCUCCGGCAGAGACACUAACAUACAAGAACUAUGUUAUUCCACCAGGAACUCCAAUGAGCAGUGCCUCCUAUUUCGUCCACAAGGACGCAACAAUCUUCCCGGACCCCGACGCCUUCCGCCCCGAGAGAUGGAUUGAAGCGGCCGAGAGGGGCCAGAAUCUCAAGAAGCAUCUAGUCUCUUUCACCAAAGGAAGCAGAAACUGCAUUGGAAUCAACCCUGUCCCCAGUACCCAGUACCCAGUACCCGUCACCAAGUCAAACGCAAUCUGGACCGUCCUUGCGGCGGCUUCCGUUGACCCUCAUCGCAACGUCUGGACCAACCUCACACCUCGAAUCUCGACAGACAAGAUGGGACUGCCGCCCAACUCUCUCCGUAGACAUGGCGAGCGCAAUGCUCUGCCGGAGCUCAGGGACUUCCAGUUCACCUUUGACUUCCACGAUGCCAUUGAGCCGGAUUUUGCCAUGAGAAUGAUAGACGACGAUGAAUCUCUAUCAUCCAGUGUACUGGAUUAUCCCGAAGAAUUCGGCCGCACCUAUCACGCUUACCAUGCGGGAUCAUACGUUUAUCCUAAUGACCUCACGGAACAAGAGCGCCUGGCGCUUCAAGGGCCCAUAAUCAAGAGACUAUUCGACGAUAGGCUCUAUUUUGCCCCGCUCUCCAGAUCGGAUCCUCCGCAAUUCAUUCUCGACAUCGCUACCGGUGUGGGGGACUGGGCCGUCGAGAUGGGCGACUUAUUUCCUUCAUCGCGAGUUGUUGGCACGGACCUGUCCCCGAUCCAACCCGACAUGGUACCUCCAAACGUUGAGUUCUACGUUGAAGACUCAUCGGAGCCGUGGAGCUACUCAGAUAAGUUUGGCUAUAUACAUACACGGCUCACGGCCGGCUGCUGGAGCUCCUUUGAGGAACAAGUUGCCCAGCAAGCCUUUGACGCGCUCGAACCUGGCGGCUGGUUCGAGGCACAGGAAACCGAAGCCUUUUUCUGCUGCGAUGACGGCACCAUGGACCCCAACGGACCCAUGUGUACAUGGUUCCAGGAAAUGAGAGACGCCUGCGAAAAACUGAAUCGCCCUGCAACGUUGGGCUCCAGCCUAAAAGAAAUUUUCGAGAGAGUCGGCUUCGUCGACGUGGAGCAGCUCGUCUUCAGACUACCGCUCAACGCGUGGCCUAGGGAUGAGCGGCUCAAGGACCUGGGCUGGAUGUGGGGACAAAAUUUCUCGCAGGGGUUGAACGGGUUUUCCACCCUACUCAUGAAUAGAGCUUAUGGCCGUACUCAAGACGAAAUUGAGCUAUCACUCGUCAGAGUCCGAGAAGAAAUUCUCGACCCACGUAUACACGCUUAUAUGCCCAUUUUCGUGGUGUAUGGAAGAAAGCCGUUCAUUGGAGAGAUGGUUGAGUAA